UCCGGGCGCUGCGCGGCCGCGGGCCGGGAGCGGGGCGCGAUGGGCGCCGCCCGCGACGCGGAGCAGCAGCCGGGGCCGCCGGGCGAGGAGGGCCCGGGGGGCGCCGAGGAGCAGCCGGGCGGCACGAGCCCCUGGAACAUCAUGAUCAAGCACCGGCAGGUGCAGCGGCGCGGCCGGCGCUCGCAGAUGACCACCAGCUUCACCGACCCGGCCGUGUCCAUGGAGCUGCUGCGGGCCGUGCUGCAGCCCAGCAUCAACGAGGAGAUCCGGGGCGUCUUCAACAAGUACAUGAAGUUCUUCCAGAAGGCGGCGAUCAACGUGCGCGAUAACGUCGGGGAGGAGGUGGACCCCGAGCAGCUCAUCCAGGAGACGUGUCGGAGCUGCCUGGAGCAGGCCAAGCUGCUGUUCUCCGAUGGCAAAAAGGUUGUGCCCAGGCUGCCCCACGAGCAGGCAGGACCAAAGCGUGCCCGACAGUUGGAUGAGGAGUUGAAUCGUCGAGGAAGCCCCGUUCCCAAAAAGAGAAAGGGACGGCCUCCAGGACAGAGCCUGUCGAAUGAUCGCGGGGUCUCGGGCAUGGCUGCGUGGAAGCUCAAAGUCUCUGAGCCCGUGAGAAGGGAUGGACCAAAGUGGGAUCCAUCCCGACUGACUGAAACCACAACCUUUGUGCUGGGAUCUCGAGCAAACAAAGCUCUCGGGAUGGGAGGAACAAGAGGGCGACUCUACAUCAAGCAUCCCCACCUCUUUAAGUACGCAGCCGACCCGCAGGAUAAGCACUGGCUGGCAGAGCAGCAGCACAUGAGGGCCACUGGGGGCAAGAUGGCCUACCUGCUGCUGGAGGAGGACAUCCGCGACCUGGCUGCCAGCGACGACUACAGGGACUCUGGCGAGCUGCGGCUGGAGGAGCUGAAGCCCUUCGUCCCGCCGGCGUGGAUGACGGAGAAGAUGCAGAAGUACAUGGAGACGCUGCGCGACGGGGGGGACCCGCCGCCGCCCCCCGAGGGCCCCCCCGCGCCCUGAGGCCCCCCGGCCCCCCCCCCCCAAUAAAGCCGCUGCUUCGCACCCGC